AUGGAUGAUUCAGGUCUCGAUCAAAUUGCUCGUCAAUUAUCUGACCUGGAAGUGGCACUUCUUUUGUGUCUUGUUGCUCGUGAACACUGUCUGAUCGAGACCACCAGUCAUUGUAUUCAUGACCUCGCCAAGGAACUUGCCUUGAUUGCCACAAGUACUUUUAAGUAUUCGUAUUGCAUUAUCGAGUGCUCCUCGGCGACAUCUAUUGACGACAUAAUCAAUGAUGUUCUCACUCCUGAUGCGCGUACACAUCACCGCCCACCACGUCCCUGGCUGAGCACUGAACCAUCAAGCAAACGCUCGUCAUACAAGAGCUUCGAUGAUCCCAGCAAGGCACCAGCACCUAUUGCUCAUCUUGCUAGCAGUAAUGUCGUCAAUAUUGUGAUCGCCAAAAACUUCAAUAUCGUCAGCGAUGAUAUCCAAGUAAAUCUUCUACAGUUGAUGCGAUCAAGGGAACUGGUCGUCGAGAAUGGCACCCUUAAUGCACCCGAUGAAUUCCUAUUUAUCCCUCUUGUAUCUCGAGACUCCGAUCAACUCCAACCACCUUUGAAGUUCCACCUGAACGACAACCUGUUCAUAUCCCAUUUCCAUAGCCCAGAGUCCGGGUACACAUAUCUCGAAGAAAACGAUUGGCUUUCAGAUGGGCAACUUUCCGCUUCUUCUGUUAUCCACAACUCAAAUGGUCAUGCAAAAAAAGGACCAGCUAUCACUCAGAAAGUGAUAGAACAGCUUCAAGAAACAAGCAUGACGGUAUCCACAUGUGCAGAAGUCGUUCGAUACAUCCAAGACAUAGUUGUCUUUUUACGGCUUAGCCGCGCUGUUGCCGGUGGUGUAUCUGCCAAAGCCAACAUCCAAUUUAUUCGAUUUGCACAACUUCUAGCCCCUCUACAUGGCAUCGAUUAUCUAACCCCUUCAAUCGUGGCCUUGGCCGCCAGGAAGAUCUUCCGUCAUCGCAUUACCGUCACAGCCCCAGGCCAAGACCGCAGUCUACAGUAUGGAAGUAAUCUACAUGCAGUGUCUCAGGUUCUGAACGAUGUCACACCGGAUUCAAUCCUGGAUGGUGUUCUGGCUCUGGAGCCACCGUUAUGA